AUGCUCCGCGGCCAGUCCCUCCCCUGGAGAGCUGCGCUCCACCAGACACCGCGCCCAUUGAUUAUUCGGCCCCUGCUCGCUUCACCGAGAUACAAUGCCAGUGCCCGGUCAAUCCUAGUUUCGUCGCGCCUCUCCCGCUCCAUCCCUCCCUCCCGCACCUUCUCGUCAAGCUCCAUUCGCCGAAGAGAAAAACCCCCACCCGGAGACGGCAAGGAAGACCCGGACCAUAAAGAGCAGAAGGAAAAGAAUGAGGAUAAGGAUGUCGAACGCACUUCUGAGCCUCGACGCAAAGUUACCGAUCACUCGACAUCGGGAUCUACGAAACGGAGAGAGAAGCAGGCGGUGGACAAGGAGCAACGAGGAUUGGAUGACGAUGGAAAGAAGCCUAGUAAUGUAGCUGAAGGUAGGGGAAACUCCAAUGAGCCAUCUCCUAUCCCUGUCAGUGGCGACUCGGAUUCUAAGCCUAGUGGCGCAAACAACGGAGGCAACGAAGAUGGUGGAAAGAAAGGCAAGAAGGGCUCCGGCGACAAGGCUUUGCAGAAGCCUUCUGUUCCUGAAGUUUAUCCUCAGGUCAUGGCCAUUCCCAUCGCGAAGCGCCCGCUAUUCCCCGGCUUUUACAAAGCCAUCACUAUCCGAGACCCGAAUGUAGCAAUGGCUAUCCAAGACAUGAUGAAGCGUGGGCAGCCUUAUGUGGGAGCUUUUUUGUUCAAGGAUGAGAACGCUGAUGGAGAUGUGAUCGAAAAUCUCGAUGAUGUAUACGAUGUUGGAGUGUUCGCUCAGAUUACUGCUGCUUAUCCUCUUCGUGGGGAAGCUAGUGGCGUGACAGCUGUGCUUUAUCCUCACCGACGCAUCAAGGUCUCAUCUUUGUUGCCACCCAGUGAUUCGACGAAGGCUUCCACCACAGAAGAUAAGCCGUCUGAAAAACAAGGUGACGUUGUAGCCAGCUUUGAAGAGGGAACUCAGGAACUCGCAGCCAAGGAUCACUACGAGCCUACAUCAUUUUUGCGAAAGUAUCCAGUCAGCUUGGUCAACGUAGAGAACCUGGCGGAGGAGCCUUAUGACAAGAAGAGCGCCAUCAUUCGUGCAGUGACCAGUGAGAUCGUCAAUGUCUGCAAAGAAAUCGCCAGCCUGAACCCCCUGUUCCGCGACCAGAUCUCCGCCUUCUAUACCGACCAGUUCCCUGGAAACUUGAGUGACGAGCCAUCUAAGUUGGCUGACUUUGCAGCAGCUGUUUCUGCCGGAGAACUGCAGGAGAUGCAAGAGGUCCUCGAAAUAAUGGAUAUUGAGGAGAGACUUCCCAAAGCCUUAGUGGUAUUGAAGAAAGAGUUAAUGAACGCGCAACUUCAGUCAAAAAUCUCAAAAGAUGUGGAGGCUAAGAUUCAAAAGCGCCAACGUGAGUACUGGCUAAUGGAGCAGAUGAAGGGCAUCAAGAGAGAGUUAGGUAUCGAAUCCGAUGGCAAGGACAAGCUUGUUGAAAAGUUCAAAGAGAAGGCGGAGAAGCUUGCUAUGCCAGAGGCUGUCAAGAAGGUCUUUGAUGAGGAACUCAAUAAGCUGGCUCAUCUGGAACCGGCUGCUUCAGAGUUCAAUGUCACCCGCAACUAUCUCGACUGGUUGACACAGAUACCCUGGGGCCAGAAGAGUGUUGAGAACUUUGGCAUCCAGCACGCAACAUCCGUUUUAGAUGAAGAUCACUAUGGCCUGAAAGAUGUCAAGGACCGUAUCCUUGAGUUUAUUGCCGUUGGAAAACUUCGCGGAACCGUCGAAGGCAAGAUCCUUUGCCUUGUGGGACCGCCUGGUGUUGGAAAGACUAGUAUUGGAAAGUCAAUUGCCCGGGCCUUGAACAGGCAAUAUUACCGCUUUUCCGUUGGAGGUUUGACGGAUGUCGCGGAAAUCAAGGGGCACCGCAGGACCUAUGUGGGUGCCCUUCCGGGACGCAUCAUCCAAGCCCUCAAGAAAUGCCAGACGGAAAAUCCUUUAAUUUUGAUUGAUGAAAUAGACAAGAUCGGGCGCGGCCACCAGGGGGAUCCGUCUUCUGCACUCCUCGAGCUUCUUGACCCGGAGCAGAACUCCUCCUUUUUGGACCACUACAUGGAUGUCCCAGUGGAUCUGUCCAAGGUUCUCUUCGUUUGCACGGCCAAUGUCACUGAUACGAUUCCCCGCCCUCUACUCGAUCGAAUGGAGCUCAUCGAACUGUCAGGAUAUGUUGCGGAUGAGAAGAUGGCUAUUGCUCAGCGCUACCUAGCCCCUGCUGCUAGGGAACUGACGGGCUUGAAAGACGUCGAUGUUACUCUGAAAGAGGAAGCUAUUGAGGAGCUCAUCAAAUCUUACUGCCGUGAAAGUGGUGUUCGGAACCUCAAGAAGCAAAUCGAGAAAGUUUACCGCAAGGCUGCUUUUAAGAUCGUACGUGAUCUCGGAGAGGACGUACUCGCCGAGGACAAGGCUCUGACCGAUGAGGGCAAGGCUGCACAGGAGGAGUCGAAGAAGGAGAGCGAGACUGCCGACUCUGCUAAUGCCACAGCCGAACCAGAGAAAGCAACGACUGAAACACCUCGUGUUGCCCUUAAAGUUCCAGAGGGGGUGCAGCUCAGCAUCGGCAAGGACAGCUUGACUGAUUACGUUGGACCCCCAGUUUUCACGUCCGAUAGGCUGUAUGAAACAUUCCCACCCGGCGUCACAAUGGGCCUUGCUUGGACCAGCAUGGGAGGCGCUGCGCUGUACGUUGAGUCCAUUUUGGAGAACGCUUUGACUUCCGAAUCCCGACCGGGUAUCGAAAUCACCGGCAAUCUCCAAAAUGUGAUGAAAGAGUCUUCCCAUAUCGCGUACUCCUUUGCCAAGUCGGUGUUGGCUAAGCAAUUCCCGGAGAAUAAAUCUUCGAAAAGGCAAGACUUCACAUGCAUUGCCCAGAGGGUGCCGUGCCCAAGGAUGCUAACAGUAUCAGGCCCAUCUGCUGGUAUUACAAUGGCAUCAUCCCUUCUCUCCUUGGCGCUGAACCACUCUCUCGACCCGGCCAUUGCUAUGACUGGAGAAUUGACCGUGACUGGUAAAGUUUUGCGUAUUGGAGGGUUGCGCGAGAAGACCGUUGCUGCUCGUCGUGCCGGUGCCACAAAGAUCAUCUUCCCCGCCGACAACACGUCGGAUUGGCUGGAGCUGCCUGAGAACAUCAAAGAAGGUAUUGAAGGCCAUGCAGUGAGCUGGUACUCGGAGGUAUUCGACUUGCUCUUUACCGGUUUGGACAAGGACGCAGCCAACCACAUCUGGCAGAAGGAGCUCGCGGAAAAGUCCAAGAACAAGUCGACUAAGGACAAUGAGGACGAUGACUGA